UUCCGUAUGGUUGACAAUGUUUUACUGGGUACUGAUCCUCCUCAUCGGGACCCGGAGAGACAGGAUUUGGAGGGCUUCAGCUACAACAGUUCUGAUGAUCUACUGGGCAAACUCCAGCAAAUUUCGUCCGAGCUGUCUGCAUGCAAGGCUCCUGGUGGGGGAAAUGAACUCAAAACAACAAUUUCCAUACUAAACAAGCUCUCAAGCUGUUCAUGGGUUGAGAAGGCAGUGCUGGUAAUUGCGGCUUUUGCUUUGGACUAUGGAGAUUUCUGGGGCCUUGCGCAGUUAGAUGACUCUCUGGACCAUCUGGCCAAGUCAGUGGGAAUCACAAACCGUGUACCUGCCAUGCUAAAACGCCCAGACCUUAAAAAAUGCCAGAAAGUGAUUGAGGUGCGCAAGUUGAUCGAGAGCACGUUGGAAGUAAUAACAAACAUUGUAGUGUUGGAAGAGAUAUCUGAGAUGGCGGAAAAGUACUACAGAAAUACACUUGCAACGGCAAGUUUGGCAAAAUGCAUCCCAGUGCAUGUCUUUUGGGCUAUCAUAACUGUUGUUGCUUGCGCGACUCAAAUGUAUUGCCUCGGCAGUGAUGAGUAA